UGGCAAGCAGUGGAAAUAUGGUUUCUUGAUUCGAUUAGUGUGGACGGGGGGUGUCGGUUUGCAUAUUUUAAAGGUGGAAUAAAAGUUGGAGGCCUCAGUUGUGCAGGCGAGGCCAUCCUUUAGUGUUCUAAAUCCUCGUCUGUCAGCAAAUUUGGCUCCAACAAUCCUGAAGUAGUUCGUCUGUCAAAACCAAACGAUUUUCUUCAGCGAUACGACUAACAUCUGUCGCAGCCAUGUCUUUGAUUUCUGAACCGUCUUACAAUGCCUACUCGGCCUGGUACGGAGCUCCAGGUGGAGGGGGUCAUGGUAUGGGCAUGGGGGGAAACCAGACCGUGGUUGACAAGGUCCUGCCAGAAAUGCUGCACAUGGUCGACGCUCAUUGGUACCAAUUCCCCCCGAUGAACCCUCUAUGGCACGACCUUCUGGGUUUCGCCAUUGGGUUCUUGGGUUUCCUGUCGGUGUCGGGUAACGCGAUGGUGGUCUACAUCUUCUGCUCGACCAAGUCGCUGCGGACUCCAUCCAACCUGUUCGUCGUCAACCUCGCCUUCUCCGACUUCCUCAUGAUGUUCUGCAUGUCGCCGACCAUGGUCAUCAACUGCUACUACGAGACUUGGGUACUAGGACCUUUCAUGUGUGAAUUAUAUGGAAUGCUGGGAUCACUAUUUGGAUGUGCCUCCAUUUGGUCCAUGACUAUGAUUGCUCUGGAUAGGUACAAUGUCAUUGUCAAGGGUCUCUCAGCGAAGCCUUUGACCAACAAGCGUGCUAUUCUGAAGCUGUUGUUCGUCUGGCUCUUCUCUCUUGGCUGGACCCUGGCCCCAUUCUUCGGAUGGAACAGGUAUGUGCCAGAAGGAAACAUGACCGCCUGUGGAACUGACUACUUGACCAAGGACUGGUUCAGCCGCAGCUACAUCAUCGUCUACGGAUUCUUCGUCUACUUCAUGCCUCUCUUCAUCAUCAUCUACUCUUACUGGUUCAUUGUGCAGGCUGUGUUCGCCCACGAGAAACAGAUGAGGGAACAGGCCAAGAAGAUGAACGUUGCAUCUCUGCGAUCGGCUGAGUCUCAGACCACCAGCCAGGAAAUGAAAUUGGCUAAAGUUGCUCUGAUGACCAUUGCCCUGUGGUUCUUCGCGUGGACCCCAUACCUGGUGAUCAACUUCUCGGGCAUCUUCGAGACAGCCACCAUCAGCCCCCUCUUCACCAUCUGGGGAUCCGUCUUUGCCAAGGCCAACGCUGUCUACAAUCCUAUCGUCUACGGUAUCAGCCAUCCUAAGUACCGUGCCGCCCUAGGCAAGAAGUUCCCCAGCCUGGUCUGCGCGGCCGCUCCAUCCGACGACGCCACAUCCGUCGCCUCGGGCGCCACAACCGUCACUGAAGAGAAGGGACCAAGCGCAUAAGCUUUUAUACUGCGACUGCAACGCUAUCUGGCGGUCGAAAACGGAACCAGCGUUUCUCGCUCUAACCUACUGCUGCAAUCUUCAGUCGCGUCACUGUCGUUCUACAUCUUUUCUCUAGGUUAGGUUAGACGUUGAGCAAGCGUUGUCAAUAUUUUCUAACAAAAUCUUCCACCGUCCGUUCAGCAUGCACUUGUAAAUAUCCAGGGUCAAUAUUAAGAAAUGGGUGGGUAAUAAUUUAAUUGUAAUUAAUGUGUAAGGGGUGAUAAUAGUUUAUGUUUUCAGCUUUGAGUUGUCACCGUUUAGUUCUGUUUUUGAAGGGGGGUUUACCUGUGUUUGUUUUGUAAAUUAAUAAAGAUCCUAGCAAGUACGAAAAGCUGAUUAAA